UCGGGGCCCGCGGCCACCCGGACCCACAGCGGGGACACCGGCGGCGCCGAGGCGGGGAUCAGCCACCAUGGCUGAGGGCAGCAGGGGCGGCUCGCUGGCCUUUGGCCAGGUGGUCAUCGGGCCACCGGGCUCCGGGAAGACGACCUACUGCCACGCCAUGCGGGACUUCCUGAGCCGAAUCGGCCGCAGCGUGGCCGUGGUCAACCUGGACCCGGCCAACGAGGCGCUGCCCUGGCCCUGCGCCCUGGACAUCGCCGAGCUCGUCACCCUGCCCGACGUCAUGGGCAGCCUGGGGCUGGGCCCCAACGGGGGCCUCAUCUACUGCAUGGAGUACCUGGAGGCCAACGCAGACUGGCUGCGGGACAGGCUGCAGGGCCUGCGGGGACACUACGUCCUCUUCGACUGCCCCGGGCAGGUGGAGCUCUACACCCACCACGAGGCCCUGAAGAACGUCUUUGCCCAGCUGGCCAAGUGGAAUUUCAGGCUGGCUGCCGUGCACCUGGUGGAUUCCCACUACUGCACAGAUCCCGGGAAGUUCAUCUCCGUGCUCUGCACCUCCCUCUCCACCAUGCUGCACGUGGAGCUGCCCCACGUCAAUGUCCUCUCCAAGAUGGACCUGAUCGAGCAGUACGGGAAGCUGGCUUUCAACCUGGACUAUUACACCGAGGUCCUGGACCUCUCUUACCUCCUUGACCAUUUGGCCUCCGAUCCCUUCUUCAGGAAUUUCCGCCGCCUCAACGAGAAGCUGGUGGAGGUGAUCGAGGACUACAGCCUGGUGUCCUUCGUGCCACUCAACGUCCAGGACAAGCAGAGCAUGCGGCAGGUGAUGCAGGCCGUGGACAAGGCCAAUGGAUAUUCCUUCGGGGACCAGGAGCACCGGAGCCUGGAGGCGCUGAUGUCGGCAGCUGUGGGGGCCGAUUUCCACUUCUCUUCCACCCUGGCAGUGCAGGAGAAGUAUGUGCAAUCUCAGGACAAAGCCGUGGAAGAGGAGGUGAUGGAUCUGUGACACGCCCUUCCCCGGCUCCUCUGUUUUGACACCUCUCCUUUUCCUACCCGGAGCUUCAGCUGUGACUCAGAGCACCUGAAAGCCUCUCCAGGCAGUCUGGACUCGCUCUCUGGGUGGGUUUGACCUGCCAAGCUUCAGGCCUGCUGCCCAGAGCAGGGAUUUGGCAGAGGGGAGGUGGCUGAGGGUCUCAGCAACAGAGAUUGAGCCAGGGAAGGCAGGCAGGGCAUGGAAAAGAAGCAAGAUAAAGUCUCCAUCAUGACCAAGACAGAUCCAGAGAAAGCAAAAUCAUCUGGAGCUGCCUGAUGUGCAGCGAGAGCUGAGGCCGCAGUCCUGGGGCUGCUGCAGGAGGAGCGUGCGUGGGCCCCGUGCUCCGAGGAGAAUCCAGGCCGAGACGCCUCCACGCCGUCUCAAGGACACAAAGAUGUUUGUUUUUCUUUUUCUUAGAAAUAAUGAUGGACUCUUUCUUAAUAAAACACUCCUCGGUCUCACUUUCAUCUUAGGAGUUUGCUGAAGCUGAAUAAAUAAACCCAAGAGUGCUGCAGAGCCUGAGGCCAAAGCGCCUGCGGUGGGAACGGCGGCGGCUCCGCGUUGGCCGGGACCUGUCCCUGGCUGUUGUGCCUGAGAAUUGAAUUGUGCCUGAGAACUGUGCCUGAGAACUGAACUGUGCCUGAGAACAGGGCCUGAGAACAGGCUCGGUGCUGGCUGGAGGAGGCAGGGCUGUGGCACAGAGAGCAGCUCCCUGUGCUGAUCCAGCAGCCUAACGCCAGCUCGGCUUUUGGAGGCUUUUGAUUAAGAAAGCCCCUGUGUGAGUCAGCUCGCGGUUUGCAUCUCGGGCCUUUCCCAAGAGCAGCUUUGCGUGUCCUCAUCCACCUUCCUUCUUCUGGCCUUGCUUUCUCCACGUCCCAAAUCCUGGGGCUUCCCCUCCUGCCCGUGGAAUUCGCUCUCGCUGUCCUGCCCUCGCCUCGUGUGCCCCGCUCUGAUCCCUGAUCCUGCAGGCUCAGGAGGGCUGGGGGUGACACCGGGGCUGUCACAUCAGGGAGCUCCCGGUGCCUCUGGGGACGGCAGCAGACUCCUGAUCCCGGCUCCCUGCAGACUCAGCAUCGCCUCUUGCCCAAGAUCUUGCAUAAAGUACAACAGGAUUUUCUCACAGGAUGGUUUGGCUCUUGGCAGAGGGGUUGGAGACUGGAUCCUCGAUGGAUCUAAAUGUGAGCGGGGUCUUGAGCAGCUGGACAAGGAAUUAAAGUGAAUUUUUCCCACA